AUGAGCAUUAAAUUGAGCGAUGUUUGCAACCUAUUUGAGCAGUCUGUGAAUGUGGAGACCCAGUAUGCAAGUGCCUCAGAGAGUAACACCUAUUCAUCAACAGUCAGUCAAGGUUAUGUUUUACCAGAAGGAAAAAUCAUGCCAAACACAGUCUUCGUUGGUGGAAUUGAUUUAAGGAUGAAAGAGGCAGAAAUUCGGACUGUCUUUGAACAGUAUGGUACUGUGAAAGAGGUGAAAGUAAUCACUGACAGAACUGGUGUUUCGAAAGGGUAUGGAUUUGUAUCUUUCCUGGAGAAUGUGGAUGUUCAAAAAAUAGUAGAAACACAAAUCAACUUCCACGGUAAAAAGCUGAAACUGGGGCCAGCGAUUAGGAAGCAACAAAACCUGAAACAAGCUUCUGCCGUACAUCCCAGACCAUUAGUCCUUGGUGCUCCUCCGCCACAGUUCCACACUGUAUGGAGUGGUCAGAAUACAGAGACGUUUUUUCAGCCUCCACCCAUAAUGAGCCCAGUAACACCAUAUGUUCAGCCCUAUCCAUACAAUUCAUCACCAACUGUACUGCUAAAGCAGCAAGUUCCCAUAGGAUAUCAACCGGCUUACAAUUAUCAGGGUCAACCACAGUGGGUUCCUGGGGAGCAAAGAAAUUAUGUUAUGCCUCCAGCUCUGGUUUAUGCAUCAGUAAACCAUCACGCUGAGGAUCCGGGAUUUAUACAGAUGGAAUGUGCCGUUCCUGAGCCCAUGCAGUUGCCUGCUAACAUCCCACAAAAGAAGUCUGUGGACAGGGGCAUACAAACAGUAGUGUCCUGUCUGUCUAAUCCUGAGAACCAGAUGAGGAAUGACUCUCAAUCACAAGAUGACAAUGUAAAGGAGAGCAAAGUGUACCACUUCCGAAAAGGAAGGACAGGAUUCAAAAGUGUUUGAUGAAUGA